UAGAUUUUUAAUUCUUAAUAUCAUAUCUAUAAUACAGUUGAACUACCAAUAUGAAUUUUUUUGCUCAAACUUCAAACUCAGUUCCGAAUAGUUUGCUUUGGCUUACUCUAAUAAUCUCACUUUUCCUUUUCCAAUGUGUUGCCGAUAGUUCUCAAACUACAAGUGUUGGUGUUAUCAUUGAUGUUAAUUCUGAAACAGGUAAACAACAGAUAAAAGCCAUGCAACUUGCAGCUCAAAGAUUCAAUAAUUAUUCAAACAAUCAAAACAUAAUCCUUUUCUUCCGUGACUCUGCUAGAAACUCUUUACAAGCAGCUUCAGCUGCUGAAGAAUUAAUUACUAAAGAGGAAGUCAAAGUGAUUAUUGGUAUGGAAACAUGGCAAGAAGCAGCUCUGGUUGCUGACCUUGGAGCCAAGUUUCAAAUACCAACAAUUUCAUUUUCUUCUCCUCCAUUAUUAGUCUCUUCAUCAUCAACGCAACUUCGUUGGCCUUUCCUGAUUCAAAUGGCACAAAAUCAUUCCAUACAAAUGAACUAUAUAGCUGAUACUGUCCAUGCUUUAAACUCUCAGAAGGUUAUAGUUAUAUAUGAAGACAACCCUUAUAGUAGCGAUUUUGGAAUGUUAAGCCUCUUAUCUGAGGCACUCGAAAAGGCUAACUCGAAGAUUGAGUAUCAAUUAGUUCUUCCACCAUUCAAUUUUUUAUCUGAUCCAAAAUGGUUUGUUCUCGACGAAUUGUUGAAGUUGUUUCCGUUAAAAUCUCGUGUUUUUAUUGUACUUCAAGCAUCGUUACCUAUGGUGAAUCAUUUGUUUAGAGAAGCUAAGAAAAUUGGAUUAUUGGAGAAAGAUUCAUCUUGGAUAAUCAAUGAAGAGAUUACAAGCAUGUUGGAUUGUAUAGAUAAAUCUGUUUUAUCUUCUAUGGAAGGUGUUUUGGGAAUCAAAGUCAACUAUUCUACAAGCUCUAGUGCUUAUACUCAAUUGUGUGAAAAUUUCAAAGCUGAGCAUACAGAAAAAGUUGAGUCCAAACCAGGAUCAAAGGUUUUGCUAGCUUAUGAUAGUAUUUCAAUUGUCACAAAAGCUUUAGAGAAAAUGAAAACUAAUUCAAUUAGUUCAAAGAUGUUAUUGGAGGAAAUGGUAUCUUCCAAUUUCAAUGGCUUAAUUGGAAAUAUAAGAUUCAAAGAAAGACAACUAUCCUACACUCCAAUAUUAAGAGUCAUAAAAGUGGUUAUUAAUGACAAGAAACUUACGGAAUUGGACUUUUGGCCACCAAAUUUGAAGUUUGCUGCAAGUGAUGGUACUACAGAAACUAAGACAUGGAAAGUACCUACUCAUACAAACCCUUUAAAAGUUGCAAUUCCUAUGUAUCCUUCAGGGGAUAAAUUUUUGAAAGUCUCUCAAAAUCAUUCUGCUACCGGUUUUUGUAUUGAUCUUUUCAAUGGUAUCCGAGAAAUUUUGAGUGACAAGUAUUCCGGUCUUCCCUAUAGAUUUUACACUUUCACUGAAUCUUAUGAUACUAUUCUACCGAAAGUCAUAGAUGGGACCUAUGACGCUAUUGUAGGAGAUAUAACAAUACUUUCCGAGCGAUCAAGGAAUGUAUCAUUCACUCAACCAUAUACCGAGUCGGGCUUAUCGCUCAUAUUUUCUGCUGAAAAUGAAGACUCAGCAUGGUUGUUUAUGAAACCAUUUAGCUGGGAAAUGUGGUUUGCAACCAUUGGAAUCCUCAUCUACACAAUGAUUAUCCUUUGGUUCUUGGAACAUCACUUGAAUCCUAAAUCCGGUGGACCAUUGAAAAAUCAGAUCAGCACCACUAUGUGGUUUACUUUUUCUUCUCUAUUUUUUGCUCACAGGGAGAAAAUAAACAGCAACUCGGCAAAAGUAGUAGUUGGAGUAUGGUUAUUUCUUGUGUUGGUUCUAACUUCAAGCUACACUGCAAAUCUUUCAUCAUUGCUUACUGUCCAAAAACUGAGGUCUGAGAGAGACAUUGAAUGGCUUAAACAAAACAAACUACCAGUUGGUUGUGAUAACAAGAGUACCUUUCUAAAGGACUACUUGGUCCAAGUGUAUGAUUUCCCUACGGACCAAGUUGUAGAUAUCGAGAAUGAACAAGACAUUGUGGAUAAAUUCAAGAGCAAGAAAAUUUCUGCUAUCUUUACUGAGAGCCCAUAUGUGAAGGUUUUCUUGAAUAAACACUGCAAAGAUUACACUGCAACUACUGCAGCCUAUAAAUUUGGAGGAAUGGGAUUUGUAUUUCAAAAAGGGGCUCCAAUAGCAAGAGACUUUUCUGAGGCCAUUCUAACACUAGCAGAAAAUGGAAGACUACAAGCUUUGGAAGAGUAUUGGUUAACACCUCCUAAUAAAUGCUCAAACAACUCACCUUCUCCAAAAACUGAGAGCCUGACCCUUGGCAAAUUUUGGGGACUUUAUGUCAUAUGUGCUGCCACUUCCACCAUCUGCUUAGGACUAGCCUUAUUGAACAAGUAUUUCCGUAAACAUAACCACGUUGAAGAUGAAGCUCAUCAACUUCCUCAAAGAGAUGUAAUCGCCAUACCUGAUAAUAAUAAUAAUAAUAAUAAUAAUAAUAAUAAUAAUAAUAAUAAUAAUAAUAAUAAUAAUAAUAGUGAUUUGAAGAAAUCAUUUAGAUGUGGUAGAGUAUUACAUAAUGGAAAUAUCAUGACUUUAAAUAAAUCUGCAACUUUUGGAGGUAGUUUAGGUGUACGUCGUAGAAAUUCACCAAGGUUGGAAAGUGUAAUCAUUUCUGAUGAACUGCGCAAUCCACAAUGUGCCCAAUCAGCUGUCAUAGAAAUGAUGUAAUGUCACAAACUUAGAUACAUUGAUUAUAAUUCAGUAUAGAUGUAUAUAGAUUCACAUGUUAGUUGUUCACUGUUCUGCAUAUAUCUUAGCUAGCCUUAAACACUCCAACCUGUAUUUAUUUAUUCUUAGUCAUUGUAGUAGUAGUACUAAUUACUCUUAAGCAUUAACUUGAAAACCUUG